UGACUAAGUGCGGUGGAUACCAGCUGUUCGUUGUGAAACAACUGUUUUUAAAACAAUCAUAAAUAAAACGCACAGGUUUUAGCAGAGUGAUCUGAAGAUUGCUAGCUGCAGUACCUAUUGCUUGUAGAUAAAAUGACUGAACUACCGAGACUUUCACGCGCGAUGCGUGCCAAUACCGAUUUGGAUAUCGAACGGAACCUUACGAGUGAUCCUAAAGAAAAGGCCGCCAUACAACUGUUUCGCAAGAAGGAAACUACCAGUGGCGUUACCUGGAAGGAAUUGAAACUCUUCAUCAAUAGCAAAUUGGAUCAAAAAUCUUCCGGAGUGCUUACGAAACAGCUGCGCGACCUCUGGGAGAUGUGCCGAGAGAUGGUUGGUUCGGAGGAGAACACGACAUUGAUAGACGAAGCAGCGAUCUUAGUGUUGCGCUUGUUUUUGGACCAAAAAGUCGUUAUGAUGAAGCAUUCGACUCAGCUGAAGAAAAUGUUUGGUCAAGUACCGAACGCUCUUCUCAACAAAAUGUGCUCGUUGGUAUUCGAGAUGAGUAGCAGUUUGAAUACCGAAUGUCGGGAGUACCUUGUAGAAAAGGAAUAUGCACAAAGUUCGGAAGAGCCGGAGCUUUUCGGAGAGCAUAUAGUUUGCAAGUAUCCUGAGCGUAGAAAAUAUGAUUUUAGCAAACUCACAGAUCUUACUCCGGCGAAACCGUCCGAAGCUAAACCAGUCCAAACGUUCUCGAUGAAUUACGAAACUAUACCGAAACCGCAAGCAGCAGCUGCAGUGCAGGCAGGACCAUCAGGAAGUGCCGGUUCGAAACCACAAUCUGAAAAGUAUACGCGUAGCUGGUUGACCCAACAGAUACCUCCGGAUCUGGUGGACAAUCUGAUGGAACUACUGAAAUCGGCGAAAACCAACGACGAGCUUCAGAUGGAUCUAUUCGAUUUUCUCGGUGUGCAAUAUCUGGACGUGAUUCCGGAAAUACUGCAAAAUCGAAAGCAUUUGAUAGAAUCCGUGAAAGCGCUGGACCAGAUAAAGAUGAUGAAAAAAGUCCAAAAGAAGAUGGAAGCAUUGCAGCAAGGACCAUCGUACCUACGGCCGGUAAUGAUACAAUCUGAAUCGGAGAAACAGUUGCGCAAGCAGGUGAACAAGGAGGAGAAGAAGCUUAAAAAGCUUCUCAACGAAGUAGGCGAUGAUGAGGAAGCUUGCGAGAUAAUCGAUCCGCUAAAAUUGCGGCUGAAUUACCAGCAAAGUUUAUUGCUAGUGGCCCAAACGAAACCUUUUCUUGGAGACCGAACGAGUACUGCUACAAGUUCCCGCCCAGCUAGCAAACCGAUCAAAUAUCCCUUUGUUUUUGACUCGUACAGUGAAGCCCGUAGUCAUGUGGGAUUUAUCGCUGGCAAUAAGAUUGUUCUUCCGGAAAAUGUGGAAAGAAGCGAUAAUAAACUGUACGAGGAGGUGAAAAUUCCCGCCACCGAUCCACCUCCGUUGUCAAUCGGGAGCAACAGAAUUAAGAUCAGUUCACUAGACGAGAUCGGGCAGAUCGCGUUCAAGGGUUGCGAGGAAUUGAAUCGCAUCCAAAGUGUAGUGUUUGCGGCCGCCUACAAUAGCAAUGAGAAUCUGCUGGUGUGUGCCCCGACCGGUGCUGGUAAAACGAACGUCGCUAUGCUGACAAUCGUCAACACGAUCAGACAGUUUGUCGAUCAGGGAGUUAUUCAUCGCGAUCAGUUCAAGGUGGUGUACGUGGCGCCAAUGAAAGCACUGGCAGCGGAAAUGACGAGCAACUUCGGUCGACGACUUCAACCGUUGGGCAUUUCCGUCCGAGAGCUAACCGGAGACAUGCAGCUGACGAAAACGGAACUUUUGCAGACCCAAAUGAUAGUGACUACCCCGGAGAAGUGGGAUGUCGUUACUAGAAAGGGUGCUGGCGAUGUAGCGUUCAUCAGUCUUGUCAAAUUGCUCAUCAUUGACGAAGUACAUCUACUGCACGGUGAGCGAGGUCCGGUAGUGGAGGCACUGGUGGCACGAACAUUACGACUUGUGGAAUCCUCUCAGAGCAUGAUUCGCAUCGUGGGCCUUUCGGCCACCCUGCCCAAUUACAUUGAUGUGGCUCGGUUCCUUAGAGUUAAUCCAAUGAUUGGACUCUUCUUCUUUGAUUCACGCUUCCGUCCCGUUCCGUUGAGUACGAAUUUUAUCGGUGUAAAGUCGUUGAAUGCACUGAAACAGCUCUCGGACAUGGACAUGAUUUGCUACGAACGAUGCAUCGACAUGGUACGUCAGGGACAUCAGGUGAUGGUGUUUGUACACGCGCGUAAUGCCACCGUUCGAACGGCCACGAUGAUCAAGGAUCAAGCUCAACAAAGAGGACACAUUAAUCUGCUAGUUCCGGAAAGCAAUCCCGAGUACGGAAGUGCGAUAAAAGUUGUAUCAAAGAGUCGCAACAAGCAAUUUGUAGAACUGUUCCAAAACGGCUUGGCAAUGCACCAUGCCGGUAUGUUACGUCAGGAUCGAAAUUUGGUAGAAAAGUAUUUCGCGGACGGUCUAAUCAAAGUGUUAGUAUGUACGGCGACGCUUGCGUGGGGUGUCAACUUACCAGCGCAUGCUGUUAUUAUCAAAGGGACUGAGAUUUACGAUUCUAAGCAUGGUACGUUUGUUGAUCUGGGCAUACUAGAUGUGCUGCAGAUUUUUGGCCGUGCCGGACGACCGCAAUACGAUAAGAGUGGCGUAGGAACGAUCAUCACGACGCACGAUAAGUUGAAUCACUACCUAUCCCUGCUGACAAACCAGUUCCCGAUCGAGUCCAACUUUGUCCAGUGUUUGGUGGACAAUCUAAACGCCGAGGUGACCCUCGGAACGAUCAGUAACGUGGACGAGGCGAUCGUUUGGUUGAGCUACACGUACCUCUUCGUGCGGAUGCGCAUGAACCCGCAAUGCUACGGGCUAAACUAUGACGAUCUUAGGCACGAUCCCUCGCUGGAGCUGAAACGCCGUCAGUUGAUCCAUAAGGCAGCCAUGGAACUGGACAAGGCCAGAAUGGUGCGUUACAACGAACGCACUGGUGAUCUGAAUGUCACGGACCUUGGACGCACGGCAUCCCAUUUCUACAUCAAGUACGACACGGUCGAGGUAUUCAACGAGAUGCUCAAACCGAUCAUGACCGAUGCCGACAUCCUGCAGAUGAUGGCCAAUGCGCAAGAGUUCCAGCAGCUGAAGGUUCGCGACGACGAGAUGGAUGAAUUGGACGAACUGACGCACGUGUGCUGUGAGGUGCAGGUUCGUGGUGGUAGUGAAAAUAUCCACGGCAAAGUCAACAUCCUUAUGCAGACGUACCUCUCGAAGGGGUUCGUUCGCUCAUUUUCCCUAAUGUCGGACAUGUCAUACAUUACGCAAAACGCGGUGCGAAUUGCGCGAGCACUCUUCACCAUUGUGCUGCGGGCCAAUAAUCCCAUCUUGGCCGGGCGCAUGCUAAACGUAAGCAAAAUGUUUGAAAAACAGAUGUGGGAGUCUCAGACGCCAAUGUAUCAGUUUGGCAUUCUACCGUUAGAUGUGGUAGAGAAGAUUGAAAAGCGAGGGCUCAGCAUUCUGGCCCUGCGGGACAUGGAGGAAAAGGAAAUUGGUGACUUCUUACGCAAUCACCGGUAUGCCAAGAUGGUCAAACGUUGUGCGGAAGAGUUCCCGAUGCUUGAAAUUGAGGCUACCCUGCAGCCCAUCACACGAACGGUUCUCCGGAUUCGUGUAUUUAUACGAGCAUCGUUCCGGUGGAACGAUCGCGUGCACGGGAAGACGGCGGAAUCGUUCUGGAUUUGGAUAGAGGAUCCGGAAAGCAACUACAUCUAUCACUCUGAGUACUUCCAAAUCACCAAACGGCAAACGGUUCGGCAGGAAGAGCAAGAACUCAUCAUGACCAUCCCUCUGAAGGACCCGUUGCCCCCACAGUAUUACAUUCGUGUCGCUAGUGACACCUGGCUCGGCAGUAACAACCUGGUGCCGCUGUCCUUCAAGCAUCUAAUCCUCCCGGAAGUACACCCACCUCAUACGGAACUAUUACCUCUGCAGCCCCUACCGGUGACGGUGCUAAACAAUCGAAAGUUUGAAUCGCUCUACAGCUUCACCCAUUACAAUCCCAUUCAGACGCAAAUUUUCCACUGCCUCUACCACACGGACAACAAUGUACUAUUGGGCGCACCGACCGGUUCGGGAAAAACGAUCGCUGCCGAGAUGGCAAUGUUCCGCGUGUUUCGCCUGCUUCCCACUGGCAAGGUGGUUUACAUAGCGCCACUGAAGGCACUGGUGAAGGAACGCAUGGACGACUGGAAGGUACGGAUCGAGAAGAAGCUAGGCAAAAAGGUGGUUGAACUGACGGGUGAUGUUACGCCGGACAUUCGCGCAAUCAAAGAGUCAUCGGUGAUCGUGACUACCCCUGAGAAAUGGGACGGCAUAAGUCGCUCGUGGCAGACGCGAGACUACGUUCGGGAUGUGGCGUUGAUAGUGAUUGACGAAAUACAUCUGCUGGGAGAAGAUCGUGGCCCGGUGCUAGAGGUGAUCGUCUCACGAAUGAACUUUAUUUCCUCCCAUACCGAGCGUACGGUGCGGAUAGUAGGUCUGUCGACAGCGCUGGCGAAUGCAAAAGAUUUGGCCAAUUGGCUCGGCAUAGGGAUGAUGGGGCUUUACAACUUUAAACCUUCCGUACGACCCGUUCCCUUGUCGGUGCAUAUUCAGGGUUUCCCGGGAAAGCAUUACUGCCCGCGUAUGGCUACGAUGAAUCGACCCGCGUUUCAGGCCAUUCGGCAGUACUCUCCGUGUACACCCGCGCUAAUCUUUGUGGCUUCGCGUAGGCAGACCCGUCUCACUGCCCUCGAUCUCAUUGCAUUCCUCGCGGGGGAAGAUAACCCGAAGCAGUUCUUGCACACCUCCGAGGAAGAAAUGGAGCAAAUUCUUCAGAACGUCCGAGACAGUAAUUUGCGUCUGACGCUUGCGUUCGGAAUCGGAAUGCACCAUGCCGGAUUGCAGGAACGCGAUCGUAAGACGGCCGAGGAAUUGUUCUUGAACCGGAAAAUACAGAUCCUUAUCGCUACGGCUACGCUGGCGUGGGGAGUGAAUCUUCCCGCACAUCUCGUCAUCAUCAAAGGCACGGAGUACUACGAUGGCAAAUUGAAGCGUUACGUCGACAUGCCCAUCACAGACGUACUGCAAAUGAUGGGACGUGCGGGUCGACCUCAGUUUGGCAACGAAGGUAUCGCCUGCGUGUACGUGCAGGACUCUAAGAAAAACUUCUACAAAAAGUUCCUCUACGACCCGUUCCCCGUGGAGUCCAGCCUUCUCGCGGUUCUGCCCGAUCACGUGAAUGCGGAGAUCGUAUCGGGUACGCUGCAAACGAAGCAAAGUGUGCUGGAUUACCUAACCUGGACCUACUUCUACCGGCGUUUACUGCGGAACCCAACCUACUACGGGCUGGAGAGUACGGAAAUGGAGAAUAUCAAUUACUUCCUGUCGGAACUGAUAGAAACUGUGCUUGAUAAACUGAUACGUGCCGGUUGUGUGCUAAUGGAGGAAGAUAACCGCACGCUCAGGCCCACCUCGAUGGGGCGCAUUUCAUCCUAUUACUAUCUAUCGCAUGUGACGAUGCGUCACUUUGCCGACACGUUACGGCCCGAUUUAAGCAUGGAAGAGUUGCUUCGGGCAAUGGCGGACGCCGCAGAAUUCGAAGAACACCCCGUGCGCCACAAUGAGGAUUUGUACAACGCAGACUUGGCGAAAUUGUGCCCCCUUAAGGUUGAUCCCUUGACGGUGGACAACCCACACACGAAGGUGUUUUUAUUGCUACAGGCGCACCUUUCCCGAUUGCCCCUACCCAACUCUGAUUACGGAACCGACACGAAAUCGGUGCUUGAUCAAUCGAUACGAAUUUUACAGGCCAUGAUUGAUAUCAGUGCGGAAAGAGGAUGGCUUGCUACGACAUUGCGCAUACAGCAAUUGAUGCAGUGCAUCAUCCAAGCACGCUGGUUGGAGGAUCCGGUAGUUAUGACGCUACCGAACGUAGAAUCGUACAACGCAUCGGUUUUCAAUCACAUAAAAACCGAAUUACCUUUCCUUACGCUUCCGGCGCUGAAGGAUAAAUGCAAUCGAAAGUAUGAAAAGUUGGCAGCCCCCCUGAGACAAGAGUUUGAGGAACCGGAAAUCGAACAGAUUUACAAAGUGAUAAGCGAGCUGCCGUCUCUCAAUGUGCAGAUUUCGGUACGCGGGCCGUACGGCACGAAGGGAGAUGUGGACCGUUCGGUUCAGCAGCCUCCAACCCGCGAGCAGUGGAUGGAGCUGUACGCUGAUCAGGAAUACGUUGUGUGUGUGCAGCUGAUACGUUUAGGAUCAUUCGACUCACUCAACGUGCACUGUCCAAAGUUCCCCAAGGGAAAGGAUGAAGGAUGGUUUUUAACAUUAGGCCAUCAAGCCGAGGGUGAGGUGAUUGCCUUGAAGCGGUGUGUGUAUCGUAGCAACAGGAGCACGCAUCAGUUGUGCUUUUACGCACCGUCACGCGUUGGACGCUGCAUAUAUACAGUGUACCUUAUGUCGGAUGGCUACAUAGGACUAGAUCAGCAAUACAACAUCCAGAUUGAAGUGGUGACCCCACCGGAAGGAAGUGUUGGGGCCACAAGUGUCUUUGCCAAGGGUGAAGGUUUUUGGUGAAUUGAUAGAGACUGAGCAAUGGCUAUUGGGGAGGAAAUAUAUUUAUCAAAAAAGAAGUUCCAGCGUCGCUGGUAACUCCAGAACACAUCGUCAUUCGUGCUAAAGGGAGAUUUUUCAUUAAAGAAAUGAAAUAAGGUAAGUAUGAACUGUACGUACUUUCUUCGGCGUCAAUAAAAAUAUAUAUUUUAUUAGAAAUUCGACUGUUUGCAUACUCCACAUUCACAGUGUAGCUUUCGUACUGAAUCGUCGGCUUAACUGUUUCUCGUUUGAAACCCAAACUGGUGGAAUACAUACAUCUAAGCAACGGUUAGAGAGCGCCAUUGCAACGCACUCUUUUGUCCUCCGUUCAAGAUCGUGCAACUUUAAUAAUUCGUUUCUAACAAUCAUGCAAAGGAUUGGUAACGACAUUUUGAUUUAUUGCACGCCUAGCAUCUUCUUUUUGCUAUUGCCUUGU